AUCAAGUUCCUCAUUUUGAGUGGUGAAUAUUUCAGCCCUAAGGUUUCGCCGGGCUUGGACGAAGGACGUGUUAAAUAGGAAGGUCAAAUAACUUCGAUGCUAAAAAGAAAUAUCUGGGCGUGAAAAACUGGACAGAGAUGGGCUGUGAGAAAUCAAAACUCAGGCAGAGCCAAAAUGUCGCACUGGAUCAGAAGAGCCACCGGCCUGUGCACACGGAACAGACCUAUGUGAGAGACCCCACCUCCAGCAAGCCUUUUGCCAAGACUUCCGCAGGGGCCAAUGGCCUCCUCCCGGGUCAGAUCUUCCAGAAGAUGGAGGAGCAGAGUGGGACGGGUGAGAAGAUCGUCAUCGCCCUGUACCCCUAUGAAGCCGUUCACGGAGACGACUUGGCGUUCAAAAAGGGGGAAAAGCUCAAAGUUCUCGAAGAGUCGGGGGAGUGGUGGAGGGCAAGGUCACUGAGCACCAAGAGAGAGGGAUUCAUCCCGUCCAACUAUGUAGCUGAAGCCAACACCAUGGAGACAGAGGAGUGGUUCUUUAAGGACCUGACCAGGAAGGACGCGGAGCGGCAGCUCCUGGCCCCCGCCAACAAAGCGGGCUCGUACCUGAUCCGCGAGAGCGAGACGUCGAAAGGAAGCUACUCGCUGUCAAUCAGAGAUGUGGACGCCCAGGGAGCAGAGAUGGUCAAACAUUACAAGAUCCGCAUGCUGGACAAUGGGGGGUACUACAUCUCUCCCAAGAUCACUUUCCCCGACAUCGGCAGCAUGAUAAAACAUUACCACAAGCAACCGGAUGGCCUCUGCCGUAAGCUGGUGAAGCCGUGCGAGAAGCCCAAAGCCCAGAAGCCCUGGGACAAAGACGCCUGGGAGAUCUCCAAGGAGUCCAUCAAGAUGGUGAAGAAGCUGGGAGCCGGGCAGUUUGGGGAGGUGUGGAUGGCGUAUUACAACAACAGCACCAAGGUGGCCGUGAAGACGCUGAAGCCGGGCACCAUGUCUGUGGAGGCCUUCCUGGAGGAGGCCAACCUGAUGAAGACGCUGCAGCACGACCGUCUGGUCCGCCUCUACGCCGUGGUCACCAAGAUCCAGCCCAUCUACAUCAUCACCGAGUUCAUGGCCAACGGAAGCUUGUUAGAUUUCUUAAAAAGUGAUGCAGGGAGCAAAACACAGUUGCCGAAGCUGAUCGAUUUUUCUGCCCAGAUCGCAGAAGGGAUGGCGUACAUCGAAAAGAAGAACUACAUCCACCGGGACCUGCGGGCGGCCAACGUGCUCGUGUCGGAGAGUCUGCUGUGCAAGAUCGCCGACUUCGGCCUCGCCCGAGUCAUCGAAGACGACCAGUACACAGCCAGAGAGGGAGCCAAGUUCCCCAUCAAGUGGACCGCCCCAGAGGCCAUCAACUACGGGUCCUUCACCAUCAAAUCCGACAUGUGGUCUUUCGGAGUCCUGCUGUACGAAAUCAUCACAUUCGGAAAGAUUCCUUACCCAGGCAUGAGCAACGGUGAGGUCAUGACCUCUGUGCAGCGCGGGUACCGCAUGCCCCGCCCGGAAAACUGUCCCGAGGAGCUCUAUGACGUCAUGAUGACGUGCUGGAAGAACAAGCCCGAAGACCGGCCGACCUUCGACUACAUCCAGAGCGUCCUGGACGAUUUCUACACGGCCACCGAGGGGCAGUACCAGCAGCAGCCGUAAGGGGGCGACAUAUUCCCCAAGGCGACGGUUGAUUUCUUUCAGCUUAUCAGAGCUUCUCUCCCGGCAGGAAGUAAUCUCGUGGCAGCAGUCUGAUUCUUUGCUUAUUUUAAAGCAAAAAACUUUUAAAAAUUUUAUUUUUAUUUUUUAUUUGUAUGUUUUUCCACUUCAAAUUGAAGUAAAGAAAUAAACCGUCUUUUUAUGUUUUUUUUUUCCUAGACUUUUUUUAAUUUUUAAUUUUUAAAUAAACUUAGCUCUUUUCUAAUGUUUGUUCAGUAAGAAAAAAGUUUGAUAUAGAAAGUUAUGCAUUUGAAUUUAUUGCCUGGGGCAUUUUGAGUCUUGUAUUUGAGGACUUUGUCAUAAUACUAAUCAGCCUAAGGCAACAGUGGAUGUUUUUUUGUUUUGUUUUUUAAUAUAUUUUGUCAUUAGCCUUUCUUCGAUGCACUGAAUCAAGAUGUAGGUGCCAACUUGUUCCACUGUGUUCUUUCCCUGUCUUCCAUUUUGUAUAACCCUUUCUUAAUGUCAUCGUUUAAUUACUCUGUGGAUUUCUGCUACGGAGAUCUUGUAAAUCAGUGCAAGCCUGCUCAACCCCACAUCCAGUGUCUGAAGGUGUUCGCACCGACCGUCCACCCCGCCCGCCUGAUCUCACCGAUUCUACCUGCUUUGUUCAGGUAAAGUUCAGUUCAGUUCAGUGGUCAAAUCAGGUGGCGUAGAGCGUGGCUCAAGUGAACACCUGCAGACGCUGCAGCCCACAGAAUGUAGAGUUGAGUAAACCUGUUGUAAAUUAUCACUAAAUGUUAUGACCUGUGUGUGUGUGUGACCUGUGGGUGUGACCUGUGUGUAUGACCCGUUUGUGUGAUUUGUAUCUAGGACAAAAUGUGAGCUCUGUAAGAUAGAAAUGCUUAAGUUAAUGUAGCGAGUGCCUUUGAAAUAAUAAAAGCAGUGCACUGUUCUCGA